CAUUUCAUUCGUUGCUCAGCGCUGGUGCAGGUUGGACGUGCGGUGUUUUUUCGUCGACGAGUGCCAUUUCUUAGCAAAAAUAAAAGCUCACCAUUUUGGAUUUAGAGUGCCAGCCAGUGUGCUACGUGCCGAAAACGGAAAAAGGGAUUUUAGCGACGAAGAAGAUUGUUUGCAGUUGGAAUUUUCUGAUUAAAUUGAGGUUGCCGAAGCAGCAGUAGCUUAGCAACAGCGAUAUUAUGGUCGGUUCGCGUGUUUACGUGGGAGGACUUCCCCAUGGGGUCCGGGAACGGGACCUUGAGCGGUUCUUCAAGGGCUACGGCCGAACCCGGGACAUAUUGAUCAAGAAUGGUUACGGAUUUGUGGAAUUCGAAGACUAUCGUGACGCUGACGAUGCCGUUUAUGAGUUGAACGGGAAGGACAUUCUGGGAGAAAGAGUAACCGUUGAGCCGGCUCGUGGAACAGCUCGCGGAGGCGGAUCGCGCCGUGAUCACGACCGGUAUGAUCGCUACGAUCGCCGCGGCGGUGGUGGUGGACGCUAUGACAAAAAUAGAAGCAAUUCCAGGAACAGCUCCCGCUAUGGACCCCCGCUCCGGACCGAGUACCGUCUCACGGUGGAGAACCUUUCGUCGCGCGUCAGCUGGCAGGACCUGAAAGACUACAUGCGUCAGGCCGGAGAAGUCACCUACGCUGACGCCCACAAGCAGCGCAAGAAUGAAGGAGUGGUAGAGUUCGCCACCAGCUCCGACAUGCGCACGGCCAUUGAAAAACUGGACGAUACCGAGCUGAACGGACGCCGCAUCCGCUUGGUUGAAGAACGUAGCACUCGGAACGGCCGCAACGGUCGUGGUCGCUCCCGAUCAUCCAGCAGCCGAUCGCGCUCUCGUUCGCGCCGUCGCUCCCGCUCGCGAUCGCGCCGUUCCUCUCGUAGCCGCUCCAAGUCCAAGAAUGGAUCCAAAUCGCCGCAAAAAUCUCGCUCGCGUUCGCUGAAACGGGACUCCAAGUCCAAGUCGCGAUCCCGAUCGGUGAAGCGUGACGAAUCCCGCUCCCGCUCGCGAUCCAAAUCGGAGCGCCGCUCGCACAGCCGCUCCAAAUCCAAGGACAACAAGUCCCGCUCCCGCUCCCGUUCGCCACGGUCGCAGUCCCGCUCGCGGUCCCGAUCCCGGUCGCACUCGCCGCAGGACAAACGGGACAAGUCCCGCUCGGCGUCGCCCAAGAACAAUGACCACUCGCCCGACAGGGGCAACGAGAGCAACGAGGAUUAGGCGGUAAGCUUCGGAGAGUAAGUUUUGUGAUUACAUUUAAGUGUCAUGGCUAGUUGCUUAAAACUUCUUGACAUACAACUAGGUUUAUGUUACAAAACAUACACGCGUAUUCACUAUACUGACUUCUUGGUGUGAACAUUUUGAUUUCCGAGUUGUAGUACGAUACAUGCAAUAUGAUUCUGAAAUGUUAGGUACAGUCAUAGGUUAAAAUUAAGUUUUUAUCAAAAGAAACUGGGAUCUACUGAUUUUAGUGCUUCUCUAUUGCAUAACAAUGGGGAAAUACGCAAAUCUUUGGUUAGUUUUCUUUUAGUCAAUAACAGUUUAGUUUUAAUUAUAUACCCGUAAGCUUGAUCAGUUUAGGAAUCUUGAUUGUCGGAAAAUAUUACGUCUGUUUGAAUUGAAAACGAAAUUUUUGAUUUUCUUUUGAUUCGCAUGAAUAGUGGAAGCGACAGAUCUCACGGUAGAAAGUCGACACAAUCGAAUAUGUGGUGAUUAUCACAGAACAGCUGUUGUGUCACCGUUUUCUCCGUUCUGUUGGAAAUACGGCAGGACGUUUUAAGUUCCCUCUGAUUGUCAUCCUAAAUAAUAAACACCAUACCAUAAAAUAUUGCAUUAAACAAAAGAACAACUGCUGUUGUCACAGCAGUUUUGCAAGUUUAUAUUCAUGUGGAAGUGGAUUAAAUAUAAUUGUGAAAAAAUCA